AUGUCUUCGUAUCAGUACUCAAAGCUAGUCGAUGCCGAUAUUCGGCUGCUCACACUCCUCCCUGGCCAACCUGACUCAAAUAUCAAGAUCCAGAUUCACCAUGCUUCACUCAGAGCGCCGCCGGAUAGACCUCGUCAGCAAGUAACGUUGGAUGAGUUGCGGAAAAAGAUGCCCGACGGUUGGGAGGCACAAGAAACUGUCGAGGGCCGGUUCAUCUUUGAGAAUGACGAGCUCAAUGUUACUUCUUGGUCACUUCCAGAUGACAGCGUUCCUGCUUCGCUGUACAGCACCCCAGCGGACGAAACGGUAUUUAUUCCGCAGUAUGAGCCGUUGUCAUAUACCUGGGGAAGCCCAGAGAAUCCUCAAACCGCCCAAGUCGUCUCACACGAUGAUCCUUCCAUUUCUUGGACACAGCAGAUUCAGUACAACCUCUCUGGCGCACUUAAACACCUGCGGUACCCAGACAAGCCCCGAACACUCUGGGUCGACGCCGUCUGCAUAAACCAGGCUGACAUUCCCGAGAGGAACGCUCAAGUCCCCCGCAUGUCUGACAUUUACCGGCUGGCAGACCGUGUGGUGGUCUGGUUAGGUGAAGAAACGAGCAACAGCAAGCUAGCAGUUUCUACACUUGAUUACCUCGGUGCUCAGAUCGAGCUGACAAAGCAGGGUGGUAGACUGCCCUCUCCGGGCUGUGAUCACCAGGAUUGGUUUCGGUCUCUGACUGAGAUGCCAUAUGACAAUGACACCUGGCAGGCUAUUGCAGACUUGGUCAAUCGUGCCUGGUUCGGCCGGCUGUGGGUUCUACAGGAGAUUCAACUUUCCAACCACAAGGCAGUGAUGCAAUGCGGGAUGAACCGGAUCUCCUGGCAACGAUUCCGCAGGGCCAUGGUGUGCCUCGAAUCCAAGAGGAAUCUUCCGCAAGUCGUUAUCUUCAGCAAGCUCCCACGGCUCGGUGUCUUCUGCCUCCCUGUCGAAGGUGUCAACUUUGCCAUUCUCCUCCUCCGGGUCACACAUCUCGACUGCUCCAAUCCCCGGGACAAGGUCUAUGGACUACUUGGACUCGCCUCCCCUAGUCUGCUGGCUCGUGUUCAAGCUCAGUACGCCGAACCGGUGGAGUCCGUCUACCGAGACCUGUUUUUGGCCAUGACGGACCAGAUGCAGCGGCUUCAUUUCGAAUUCUGUAGCUUGCGGACGAGUCAGGCCCGACAACUUGCGUCGUGGGUUCCCGAUUUCUAUGGUGAUCUGGUAGAGUUGCUUUUCCGAGGGGGAAGAUAUGCGUCUGGAAUGUCUUGUUCCCAUGCGACCUACCAGGCCCCCGGCGCCCUAUAUGUGUCUGGCGUUCGAGUGGGCACCGUGAAGAGCAACAAGGGAGUAUACCCCGAUGAUGUGACAAAGAGGCUAGCUGUGCUUCACGAUUGGAAGCCGGAAAAUCUUGAGACAGGACUUUAUCCUACAGGAGAAAGCGUCAUGGAUGCUUUUGCCACGACUCUCGGUCAGGAUCAACUUAGGGAUCGGUUCCCUACCUCAGCCGUCCAUCCAUAUCUUGAUGAAUGGAAAGAAAAAUUGAGAAAACUCUUGGUCGACUCCCAAGACUCUGCCGGGAAUCCAGAUAUAGGUGCUUAUGCCUAUGACCUACGGUUUCUUACCAAGCAGACCUUUGUCACUUCAGACGGAGGCUACUUUGGUCUGGCUCAUCGAGACACGGCACCAGGUGACAUCAUAUGCGCCAUCCUUGGAUGCAGCGUGCUGGUUAUCCUCCGCCCGACAACAGUAAGAACCUUUAUGCUCGUGGGCAGCUGCUACCUCCACGGCUUCUCAAGCGCAGAGGCAUUUCUAGGCCCUCUUCCAUCGCCAUGGAUCAUCCAGUACAAACCUGACUCAUUCGGUGCCCAAACCCCUUACUUCUUCAACAAGGACACAAAAGAAGAGACGCAGGAGGACCCCAGGCUGGGGAAACUACCUCCUGAGUGGGAAACUGUCCAGGCGGAGAGAACAAGGGAUGAUCCAAUGCUUUUCAGGUGGUUCCGGAAUAGGAACAAUGGGCAUACUAUGAAUUCAGAUCCUCGCAUGCUGCCGCCGGCUUUGCAUGACCGGGGCGUGCGCUUGGAGGACUUUCAACUCAUCUAA